UCCUUUCCGCACAGUCGAGAUGGACACCGAAUCCGAUAGCCCUCAGGGGAUCACCAGCAGUGCUGAUCGCAUGGUUGGCAUGGAGCACUCUGAAGUCCGUUACUUCACUAGCUACGACCACCACGGUAUCCACGAGGAGAUGCUUAAAGAUGAUGUGCGCACACGUUCCUACCGCGACUCUAUCUACCAAAACCGCCACAUCUUCAAGGACAAGGUCGUCCUCGAUGUCGGCUGUGGAACUGGUAUUCUGAGCAUGUUUGCUGCUCGUGCUGGCGCAAAGCACGUCAUUGGUGUUGACAUGUCCUCCAUCAUCGAGAAGGCCCGUCAGAUUGUCGACGUCAACGGACUGUCCGAUAAGAUCACUCUUCUCCAGGGCAAGAUGGAGGAAGUUAACCUGCCUUUCCCCAAGGUUGAUAUCAUCAUCUCUGAGUGGAUGGGUUACUUCCUUCUGUACGAGUCCAUGCUGGAUACCGUUCUCUACGCCCGUGACACCUACCUCAACCCCGGUGGUCUCAUCUUCCCCGAUAAGGCCACCAUGUACGUUGCUGGUAUUGAGGAUGGCGAUUACAAGGAUGACAAGAUCGGAUUCUGGGACAACGUCUACGGAUUUGACUACAGCCCCAUGAAGGAGAUUGCUCUUAACGAGCCUCUCGUCGAUACCGUCGAGAUGAAGGCUCUUGUGACCGAUCCCUGCGCGAUCAUCACCUUUGAUCUUAACACCGUCACCACAGCCGACCUUGCCUUCAAGGUGCCUUAUGCCCUCACCGCCAAGCGCCCCGACUUCAUCCACGCCUUGAUCGCCUGGUUCGAUAUCGAGUUCAGUGCCUGCCACAAGCCCAUCCACUUCUCCACUGGCCCUCACGCCAAGUACACCCACUGGAAGCAGACCGUGUUCUACCUCCGCGAUGUCCUCACUGUCGAGGAGGAGGAGCGUGUUACCGGCUGGAUUGAGAACCGCCCUAACGAUAAGAACAAGCGUGACUUGGAUAUCAGCAUCUCGUACAAGUUCGAGACCUCCGAUGCUACCCGCGCCGCUGAGGGUGGCUGCUUCUACCGCAUGUGUUAAUUUUGUUCCACUUUUCUAAUCUGAUUUCAUUGGGAUGUACAACUGCACGUUUGCACGAUCUAAGUGAAAUAUUCUCGUCACGCAAUGCAUCCUGGCAUGGGCAUGUAUGAAAUUGCCCGAGGCGAAUCGGACAUCUGAUUUCGCCUUUGUUUAUUUCGGCGUUUAGUUUUUGGGAGGCAGGAAAAGGCAUUUUGUGGCGCGAACGGAGGGAUAUCAUUCUGAAGCUCCUCGAAUUUCCAGGUAGAUACCCGAGUCGAUGCUUAGUCUAGCAAACUCCAACGCUCUUCUUCUGGACA